AUGGCAACUUAUUUUGGAGUUACCUCAGCAGUGUUUUUCAUCUGGGUUAUGACAUUCAUGGCUCAAAAUUACUUUAUAACAGGUUCCGUUGUUACACCUUGCAGGAUCACAGGUGUAGGAGUUUAUAUUGAAGAGAAAGUGAAUUUCUCAGAAGCAAAUAAGGCAUGCAAUCAACUGAAUCUACAAUUGGCAAGUAAAAACCAAGUUGAAAAAGCUUUGAAACAUGGCUUUGAAACAUGCAGCUAUGGAUGGGUGAAAGAUGGAUUUGUUGUCAUUCCUCGGAUAACAUCCAACAGCAAAUGUGGUAAAGGCAACGUUGGACUAGUGCAGUGGCAUGCUGAACUCUCUAAAACAUUUAAGGUUUACUGCUUCAAUUCCUCAGAUGUUCAGAUUAAUUCAUGUAAGUCAGAUCCAGCUACAACCAUACUACCUUCAUCAAGUGCACCAACGGACUUAACUGCACAUUCAGGCUCUGAUUUGACCGAGAACAUCACAGCAGUGCCCAAUGUGACUGAGUCAGAAAAAUCCCUGAAAAAUAUAAAAUUUCGUGUAAUAUGUAUAACUGAAACUAUAUUACCAACAGAGGGGACUACGACACAAAUGCCAGAGGAAUACUCACCGAUUGACUCUCCUAACUACACUUCCCAUGCUGCCUUUAAGAAUGAUGCCAGUGUCUUUGGAGGUAUCCCCACUGCACUUCUUGUACUGGCAGUCAUCUUCUUCAUUAUUUCAGUUGUUCUAGCAGUCUGCUAUAUCAAAAAGUACAAGAAAACCUUCCCAUUUUCAAACAAGAAUCAGCAAAAAGAAAUGGUUGAAACUACUGCUCUCAAAGAAGCUAAGUCAAAUGACAAAACACCUGAGAAGGAAACAAAUAAUGGAAAAAAGGUAGAAGAGUCUCAAACCAAGCCUGAGGCCGCUGUAAAGUGUCUAGAAGCAGAAGUUUAA